AAAUUCUUUUCAAGUCCUUUUAUGGCCUUUUUGUUACGUGUUGAGUGCGAAUUUAUUAUUUAAUAGUUAUUUUUUAUAUUGUAUUGUGUUUUGUGAUAGCAGUUGUAUUAUUGUGAACUUUUUUUUAAUUCUAGCUUAAGCUUAUUAAAAGAUGUACGAAAAAGUCAACGGUGAAAUAAACACUUCAUCGGUCCACGUGGUGGACUUGCGAAGCGACACCAUAAGCAAACCCACCCCCGAAAUGAGGGAAGCCAUGGCGACGGCCGUCGUCGGAGACGACGUCUUCGGGGAAGACCCAACGGUCGCGGAGUUAGAACGACGCUCGGCCGAGCUUUUGGGGAAAGAAGACGCCGUUUUCGUGGCCAGCGGAACCAUGGCUAAUUUAAUCGCAAUUAUGGUCCACUGCAAUCAAAGAGGGAGUGAGAUAAUUUCAGGCGAUAAUGGGCACACAUUCAGAUUUGAACAAGGGGGCCCCGCCCAAAUUGCCGGCGUCCAAGCCUCCCUAAUCCGCAAUAACAACGAUGGGACUUUUAGUUUGGACGAACUUCGAGACAGAAUUCGUAAAAAUCCGGAUUGUCAUGAGCCCUACACUUCUCUAGUUAUAAUCGAAAACACCCACAACAUGUGUGGUGGAAAAGUAUUACCCUUAGAUUGGAUCGAAAAAGUGAAAUACAUUUCGAAAGAGUACAACAUUCCGGUCCAUAUGGACGGGGCUCGGGUUAUGAACGCCGCCGUCUACCUCAAAGUACCUGUGGAACGAGUAGUCCGCGACGUCGAUACUGUCUGUUUUUGCCUGAGUAAAGGUCUAGGUGCGCCAAUUGGUUCUAUCCUCGCCGGCAGCAAGACUUUUGUCGACAAGGCUAGGAGGACGAGAAAAGUCCUUGGGGGCGGCUGGAGACAAGCUGGGAUUAUCGCAGCUGCAGGACUUGUGGCUCUUGAUAAUAUGAUCGAUCGGUUGCAGGAGGACCACGAUCAUAUCCUGCAGAUUGCCAAAGCUAUUGAUAGCUUGAAAUCGGACAUCUUCAAAGUUGACUUGCCCUCGGUUCAUACAAAUAUUUUGAUGAUGUAUAUUGAUCGGAGCAAAGUGGCCGUUAAAGAAGUCAUCUAUCGUUUGGCUAAAGUGUUUAAGACAGAUAUAGUGAAAGUUAGUGUUAGGGCUUCUUCGAUUCGGCCUGAUUGUGUCAGGUUUGUGACUUAUUGGCAGAUCACAGAUGAUGAUAUCAGAGAUACGAUCGACAGAAUUACCUUUGUUUUGAAAGAAUUUGAUGAUCAAUUCAAGUCAAUUAAAAUUUAAGAUAGGUGUUUAAGUGUUUAUAUUUAUGACAAUAUAUUUUUUGAUUGUUUUUUAUGUACUUUAAGAUUUACAAGAUAUGACCUGAAUAAAAAUAAUAAAAUACUCCUAAUAUUUACGUGAGAAUGCUUUAUAACAAAAAUAAAUAUAUUUUUAUUGUGUA